AUUUCCGUUCUCGAUCCCCCUCAACAUCAUCGCCAUGAACAGUAUGGUACUGGGCUUUUGUUUCGCUUGAGUCAUCGGUUUCUGCCCUUCCUGGUCGAAACACGAGUAGCGUUCAGUUCGCGGUUCUGCUCAUCUCCUGUUUCUGGGAAAUAAUGACCUCUAUCUUGGCAAGAUCCCUCCUUAUUAGUCCUUCAAACUUUCAUCUCAAAAAAUUCGAAGUCCCUUUUCAAGAUUACAGAUCGAUUGCUCCCAGUUUCCAUAGUUAUGAAUUUCCUUGCCUCGCCCUUAGACACAAACGCAAUGCCACGGCCCCGAUUGUCCCCAAAAUCAGAGCUCAGAGUCUUCCCGAUUAUGUUCCCGAUUCCAAGUUCUACAAGGUGGAAGCGAUUCUCAGGCCUUGGCGAGUCCCUCAUGUUUCUUCGGAUUUGUUGAAAAUGGGAAUCCGUGGCGUCACAGUAUCUGAUGCCCGGGGCUUUGGAUCUCAGGGUGGUUCAAAAGAGAGGCAGGGAGGCUCUGAAUUUUCUGAAGACAAUUUUGUCGCCAAAGUUAAGUUGGAAAUAGUAGUGAGCAAGGGUCAGGUUGAAGCAGUUAUAGACAAGAUUAUCAAGACAUCAAGAACAGGGGAGAUUGGUGAUGGCAAAAUUUUUUUGAUACCUGUUGCAGAUGUUAUAAGAGUUCGCACAGGUGAACGUGGGGAAAUGGCAGUGAGGAUGACUGGUGGGCCAGCUUCUGCUGUAUGAGCAUUUGGAAACAGAAAGACUUCUAGUUGGCCCUCUUCGGAGCAUUUUGCUUUGUACCCAUGAUCCUUUUCUUCUCAAAUAUUACAUCGCAGUGCUAUUUAACUGUUACUUCAUUGAAGGCAGAUUGUGAAGCAAUAAUCAACUAACAUAUGCUCUGAUAGCCAAUAGUAACUGAUAAGUGGAGGUUUGAGUCGAAAUUUUGAUUUCCUCUUUUUUAAGUA